UUGUGGAGAGUCAAUGUAUAACCUGCAAGAAGCCCAGCGAUACAGAAUAAAAAUUACUAAGUUCUAUGAAACAAUUGAUGGACUAAGCAAAAGGAUUCUUAAUCUUGGCCUGAACAGUGAAGAAGAGCCUUCUCAGAAACAGCUUCUUCUACAACGGGCAAUAAGGACAUAUGCCACAAACUUUAUGCAGGACAAUAUGUUAGGCCUGCAGGCAUUACCCACCGAGGAACAGUACGUCAAGCUACAGGAAGCAAGAAAGUUAGAAAUACAGAAAAGAAUCGCCGCCGAAAGACAAGCUGCCUUCGAAGCUCAAGAGAAAGAGAGGAGAGCCAAGGAACAGAGAGAGCAGAAAGAGAUCACAAGGCAUGAGCAGCUGAAACAGGUAGAGAGUAGAGAGAGAUCAGGAUCCCAGAAAUUAGCGGGAUGGAUCCCUAACGAUUCGUCUCACAUUAACUUUAAUAACACAGAUGAUCCCAUGAUUCAGCAGAUGAAUAUAAUUCGUAGUUAUAUAAAACAGGCCAAGCAGGCAGGGAAACUGGAUGAGGUACAGAUGCUGGAGCAAAAUCUUAAAGAGCUUCAGAAUGAAUACCUAAGACAACAGAGACAAAACUGGUCGUGAGCCACUUUAGUUAGGGCAUUGUAAUUUAUAAAAUCAAAGGCUUGGAGUAUUAAUUUACCUUUUUUUACUGUGAUUUUGCUUAUUUGUCUUUACAUUUUACUUUGUGACCUUUUAAAAGCGUAGGUUACUAUUUACUUAGUAAAUAUACCUCAUGUUCUGUGCAAGAAUGUUCAACUAGUUCAACAAAAAUUUUCAUGGAAAUCUGUUUACAUUGUGUGCUGAUAAAGAAGAUCAACAGGCCAGUAGUUUACAUGUACAGUCAUGUUCUAAGUCACAUAGAAUACCGCAGUGAUUCAUACCUGGAUUAAAGAUGACAGUCUUCUUGCUCUUAGACAUUAUUAACAUUCAAUGCUGAAGAUGUAGAUUUUGUUUAAUUCUUGUGCCAAAUUUAUCUAAUGCUACACCAGAUCUAAAAGCCCUCAGUCAAACAUAAAUUAUGUGUAUGAUUAAUUCUCAGUUUUUUUCAUUAUUGCAUCUAUAUAACUAUAUUUGUAAUCGUGUUGUAUUUCAAUUCCUACUGUUCAUGUGAAAAAAAAUGUUUUAAAAUUAUGAUGGAGUGAUUUUUGUUACUUAAUUUGGGGGUUGGGGGUGGUUACAAAUAAAUAUAUGUUAGUGUUCAUUGGUCAGUGCAAUACCCUUAUUUGACUUAAAAACACUUACUAUAAACAUACAAAUAGAAUUUUUAAACACCAUAUUAUGCUUGUUUUGCUGAAAGUCUUAUUUCUAGUCAUUUUGAUGCAUUUCAGUCAAUCUCAUAGCUCAACGAUUCCUGAUUUAAAAGUCACAUGAAAUAAAGUUGUCUUGGACAUGCUAAUUAAUUGUUUAUGAUUUCUUUAUGGCAUUGUUUUUUUAUUAUUAAAGAAUAACAUGUUUAAUUAUAUAUAUUUUCAAUCCUAGAAAAUAUAUAGGUUGAAAGUACUAGAAGCAUGUUUA